AUGCAUAGUAUUCAUGAAGAAGUAACAGACAAAAUCAAGAAUUUCCAACAGUUGCCUGGAGAGUCAAUUUGUAGAGCUUGGGAGAGAUUUGUAAAGUAUCUACAAAGCGUGCCAAAUCAUAGGAUAACAGACGAGUCACUUCUGGAGCUAUUCUACCAUGCACUUGAUGAUAAUGGAAAGGUUAUCGCCGACACCAUCACUGGUGGAGCAUUUUUGGCUAACACUUUCCAAGAGGCCAUAGAGAGACUUGAUCGCGAAGAUCCAAGCACCAAACAACCUAAAAAAGGAGAUGAAAAGAAUGAUGAGAAAGCAGGCAAAGCAAAAGAUGAUGCUCCAAUUCCAAUGCCAAAACCUCCUUCUUUUUUUCUACAAAGAUUGAAGAAAAAGGUCGAAGAUGGAAAGUUCCUUAAGUUUAUUUCCAGGUUGAAACAAAUUUCAGUGAAUGUUCCCUUGUUAGAGGCACUAAAAAAACUGUCGGGUUAUGCCAAGUUUAUGAAGGAUCUUGUCACAAAAAAGAGAACGGUAAUCUUUGAAUUGACUGAUAACUUGCAUCAUUGUAGUGCAAUCGCCACUCGCUCCCUUAUGCAAAAGAAAAAAGACCCAGGCACAUUCACCAUACCAUGUACCAUUGCGCUCUUGAUGGCAGAUCGUACUGUGAAGAAGCUCAUGAGAAUUACUUAUAAUGUUCUAGUAAAGGUUGAAUCAUUCAUAUUCCCUACUGACUUCAUCAUUCUUGACUGCGAAGUAGACUCUGAUGUUUCUAUCAUUCUGGGUAGACCAUUUUUGGCAACCGGACGUGCGUUAGUAGCCAUGGAAACUGACCAACUAAAGUUUCAACUAAACAAUGAAGAGGUGAUCCUUGAUUUAUGCCAAGAAAUGAAGCAUCAAAAUGAUCUACGAGUUAUUUCCAUGAUUGAUGUUGUCGACAAUUUAAAACCAUACAUGCCUAUUGAAGAGAGGUUGGGUGUUUAA